CUCCGCUGCAUGCACGCGUAACUCGUCCCCCUCAUGGCGGUACUAAAAUCGCCCCCCUUCCAUCAUCCCGCAAACGUUGGCAGCAGGAGGAGGAGGACCCAGGCCCGCCCCCUCCCCCGGCAUGGAGAAGGCGGCUGCACGGCUCAGCCGGCUGCGCAUUCCUGGCGGUCCCCUGGGAGGGGGUUGCAGCAACAGGGCUGAGAGGAGCGGGAGCGGCGGCAAAAGGCUCAUUCAUCCACCCGCGCGGCGGACACAGCCCCAUUCAUCCGCGCUCCGCCGCCACCAAGCCGGCCAUGAAGCGCCUCUCGCCCGCCGCGCUCCUGUUGCUGCUCCUGCUGGCGGCGGCGCCCCCAACCGGCGCCUCGGAGAACCCCAAAGCGAAGGCGAAAGCCCUGCGCCAGAGGGAGGUGGUGGACGUGUAUAAUGGGAUGUGUUUGCAAGGACCUGGUGGUGUUCCUGGAAGAGAUGGAAAUCCUGGGGUCAAUGGUAUCCCUGGGACACCUGGAAUCCCUGGUCGAGAUGGACUUAAAGGAGAAAAAGGAGAAUGUAUGCGAGAGAGCUUUGAAGAAUCCUGGACUCCCAACUAUAAACAAUGUUCUUGGAGCGCUCUGAAUUAUGGCAUAGACCUUGGGAAAAUUGCAGAAUGCACAUUCACAAAGAUGCGCACCAACAGUGCUUUAAGAGUUCUCUUCAGUGGAUCCCUACGUCUCAAAUGCAGAAAUGCCUGUUGUCAGCGCUGGUAUUUUACAUUUAAUGGAGCUGAGUGUUCUGGGCCACUUCCUAUUGAGGCUAUAAUUUAUUUAGAUCAAGGAAGCCCAGAAUUAAAUUCCACUAUUAAUAUACACCGCACUUCUUCAGUGGAAGGAUUAUGCGAAGGAAUCAGUGCUGGCUUGGUGGAUGUUGCCAUUUGGGUUGGUACCUGCUCAGAUUACCCAAGAGGAGAUGCUUCAACUGGAUGGAACUCAGUUUCCCGCAUCAUUAUAGAAGAGUUACCAAAGUAAAAUGCUCUUCCCAAGUGUUAACCCCUCACCCCAAACACUAUGUUAUAUACAUUAUGUUACUUUUCACCUCCUCGAGUUAGGUUUCUAUAUGUAAGGAAGCACUUGGCUGUAACGCACAAACUUGUUUAUAGACAUACUAGUAAGUGGUUGAUUUUUCUACCAGACCAUGUAUCCCUAGCAUGUUUUCUGUAAUGAUCUGGAAGAAAGAUUCUAAUGCAGAAAUUUCCUAUUUAUGUACAACUUUUGUAUGAAUUCUAGACUCUUUUUUACAUUUGUUAAUAAAGAUAAUCUUUUAUAGGCAA